AAAAUAUUGUUCUUCAUGCCAAAGUAUGCCAGGAUUGUCUCCAUGAAACUGACAAUUGUAAUUUUUUCCUACUUGAUUAGGUCUCUUUCUCCUAAGAUAAGAGAGUGACACAAGCUCGCUUGCAUAUGUUAAGCAUAUAACUAUUGACAACCACCUCUGAGAAUUCACCGGUAUCUCUUCUUUUUUAUUCUCUGUUGUUUACUUUAUGAACUUUGGUAGGAAGAAGGAAUCCGUGCCGUCUAUAUUUGGUUCUAGUAUUAAUCUAUUUGCUGGAGCUUCCCUAGGAAAGAACUGAAAGGAAAUGUCAUAGUCAAGAGAAAGUAAGGAUUAUAUAUACAAAUGAUUUCCUUUUGCUUAUUGAGAAUAAUUUAUAAAGCAUUGUUGCAUUAAGACAGAGACAGCUGCUUAAAUUAUUUAGAGUAGGCAGAGAAGACAAGAGGGUAUCUCACAGACAAAGCUACAGACAAGGCCUCCUAGAUAUUCUUUUUUUCCUAUCCUUCCAAACUUUUAGAAUUUUUGUAGCUUUCACAUUAAAGUUAAAUAAAUUCCUAAAUUCACUCUUGCUCAUGCUAACAAAUAUAACUUACUAGCUGUUGUCUUGCUAUCUAAGCUUUGCAUCAAUGGUAGUUCCUCUUGUCUCCUUGUUUUACAACUUUUUCCUCUUUCUCAUACUUUCGUCCUCCAACAUAACUGCUCAACCAUCUAGCACAGACACAGACUUUUCAUGCUCGUUUAACUCUUCCUUUUCUUGUGAUACUUUUAUUUCAUAUCGUGCCCGUCCACCAAAUUAUUUAGAUGUCGGAAGUAUAUCUGAUCUUCUUGAAGUCAGUCGUUUAAGUAUAGCUACGGCCACAGGUCUAGCCUCAGAGGAUACCGAGCUAUUCCGUGACCAGCUUUUACUUGCACCUGUUAAAUGCUACUGCAAUAGUUCUCAUUAUUUCUCCAAUGUCACCUAUCAGAUCAGGAAAGGCGACAGCUUUUAUUCAGUUUCAAUAGGAGCUUUUGAGAACCUUACUAAUUAUCACGUGGUGCAAGAUAUGAAUCCAACACUAGAUCCAACCAACUUGACAAUUGGGGCAGAAGCUGUUUUUUCUUUGUUUUGUAAAUGCCCCACACAUUCUGAUCUCGAAAAGGGACUUCAGUACCUGGUCACUUAUGUUUGGCAGCCUUGGGAUGAUGUGUUGCCUGUAAGCAAUAUGUUUGGAGCAUCUGGAGCUGACAUUCUGGCUGCCAACAAUUACAGAAAUUUCACUGCUGCAAUAUAUUCUCCUGUCUUGAUACCAAUAAAACUUCCUAUUAUUCUGCAAUCUUACCCCUCUUCUGCAAGCAGUAGAAAAUCCAAACAUGGAUGGAUAGUCAUUACUGUUUUAAGUAUUAUGGGGUUGCUUGCAGUUUUUUCAUUUUGCUUGAUGGUAUACAUGCGUCAUCUAGACGAGAAGAGGAGGGCUAACUUAGCCCAUAACUCUUCUACUCUUGAAACUUCUGAUCUCUAUCAUACCAAGAAAACCUCAGAAGGUGAAAUUAUGGACCAUAAGAACAUUCAAGAUAAGCUUCUUCCUGGAGUUUCUGGCUACAUUGGAAAGCCAAUAAUAUAUGACCUGAAGAUCAUCAUGGAGGCAACUGUCGACCUCAGUGAGAGAUACAGGUUAGGAGGAUCAGUGUACAAGGCUACAAUGAACGACCAAGUUGUAGCAGUCAAGAAAACAAAACAAGCCUCGGAGGAAUUGACAAUACUUCAAAAACUACAUCACGCAAAUCUAGUGAAACUAAUGGGCAUUUCAUCAGACGAUCUUGGUAAUUCCUUUUUAGUUUAUGAAUAUGCUGAAAAUGGCUCACUGGAUCAAUGGUUGUUUCCUGGAUCAUCAUCAUCUUCUUCUGCCUCUGUCUUAGUGGCAUCACUUGGUUGGAGUCGAAGAUUACACAUAGCCUUGGAUGUUGCAAAUGCUCUGCAAUACCUGCAUGAACAUACUCAACCUAGUAUAGUUCACGGGGACAUCCGAACGUGUAGCAUACUUCUUGAUUCAAGGUUUAAAGCCAAAAUUGCAGGUUUCUCUACAGCCAGACAUGCCACCAACUCAAUGAUGCUGAAAGUUGACGUGUUUGCUUUUGGGAUUGUGCUGUUGGAGUUGCUUUCAGGGAAGAAAGCAAUGGUAUCAAAAGAUUAUAAUGAUGAGACUCUGAUCAUGUGCAAAGAAAUUAGUGGAAUCUUGGAAGUUGAAGAGAACAGAAAGGAGAAGUUUAGAAAAUGGAUGGAUCCAAAGUUGAGCUUUUACCCUAUUGAUGAUGCUCUAAACUUGGCUGCCUUGGCGACAGCAUGCACAUCGAAGCAAUCAGCAGAGAGGCCUAAGAUGACAGAUAUUGUCUUCAACCUCUGUUUUCUUGCUCAAUCAUCUUUUGAAAUGUAUGGACCAUCUUGGACUUCAGGUGAAGCUGAGGAGAUUGUCCAGAUUGUUAGUCCAGUAAUAGCACGUUGAGUUAAAGAUGGAGCGUAGAUAUAGUUCAAGAACUUUUGUCAGUUCGUCUCAAAGUUGUAACAUAUUCUGGAUUAUAAAGCCACAGGAACAAUAAUCAAGCUGAUCUCCAGAAUAUAUUGCAAAUUCGAGUUAUCUUGUCCAGCUUUUCCCUGUAUUUCUCUUGCUGCUAAGUUAGUUGCUAGAGUAUAUUCUUGUAUUGGAUGUUUUUCUCAACUUUGAAAUA